AUGUCCAUGAGCAGCGCCUCUGUCAAACAAGCCGUGGGCAUGCCAAACGUACAGGACCUCGUGCACAGCUCGCGCAAGAUAUCGGCCCGAGCACUGGCGACAACCAUUCAGGCCGAUGGUGAUGGGUCAGAAAUGUCGCCCGGGUUCAUGGCACGCGUCAAGGCUGGAGUUGUGGGUUCUCUAGAGACUUGUGGCGGCGAAAGCUACGCAUUUUUGCCGUGGUUCCUCAAGGAUUUCCAGAAGCGCAAUGAGGGAUCUACCGUCGAGCUCGAGGUUGACGACAGCAAGCGCUUUUUCGAGCGUCCGUCGCCUUUGGGGCUUCUAUCAAGGAGCGUCACAAUCACGUGCCCGUACUCGGCACAGAUGGGACGUUCAUGA